AUGACAAGUAGUCAGAUAGUUGAUAAAGAUGAAGAAGAGAAGGCAACAAAGGAUGACCAUGUCAUAGAGGUAGUUCUGGAAGUGAGGGAAAAUAAGAAAGAAGAAGAAAGAGUUAUACCACCAGUAAAUCCAAUUGAAGACAAAAAUAAAAAAGAGGAUAAACUAGUGAUUAAGUUACAUUACCCUGAGAGAGUGACAAAGAAGGAUCCAAAAGAGAAAGACCUUGAGAAAUUCAUCAUAAUGUUCACAAGGUUAGAGAUCAAUAUGCCUUUCUUUGAAGCACUCGAGCAAAUGCCCAUGUACCAUAAAUUCAUGAAAGAGGUAAUCGCUAAAAAGAGACCAAUAAGAGAUAGGUCGAUAACCUUUAAUGAAAGAUGUAAUGCAAUAUCAUCGGGUAGGAGAAUCCCAAUCAAGCAGAAGGAUCAUGGAUCUGUCACAGUCCCAUGCACUAUAAAAGACAGAACUUUCAAGAAGGUACUAAUUGAUUUUGGAGCCAGUGUGAGUCUGAUGCCAUUGUCAAUCUACAAAAAGCAUGGUAUUGGAAAUGUCAGUGAUACAAGGACAAAUCUAAAAUUUGCAUAUCACUCCAUAAAUAAUGCAUAUGGGAUAGCGGAAGACGUACUUGUGACAAUAGAGGAAUUUGGUUUUCCUGUUGAUUUUAUGAUCAUAGACAUACUUAAGGAUGAAGAGACAUCUAUCAUUCUUGGUCGAUCAUUCAUGCGGACAAGUCGAUGCAAUUUCAACAUAGGCCACGGUACACUAACUUUAAAAGUUUAUGAUGAUGAAAUAACCUUGAAUGUUCUUGAAAACAAGAAGUUAUAA